AUGGGGUGCACCACCUCCAGGCAAGCCCGGCACGACCUCCUCCAUUGCCCGUCGCCGCUCGCGCUGCCGCGCUGCCGGUCGUUCCCCACCCGGUGCGCCGCCGGCGACGCAGCCGACGCCGGCGCCGGCGGCCAUGUCGUGCGGCUCACGUCGUCGACGCUCGGCUCCCUCGAGGUCGACAAGCCCGGCCCGCGGGCGCCGGAGGCCGCGGCGCCCCGCGCGCGCGCGACGAGGAUGGUGCCGCGCACGCCGACCAUGACGCCGCCCAACGAGCCCGAGGCCAUCGACGCGUGGGCGCUCAUGGCCGGCCUCGAGGAGCACUCGCCGCUCCUGGUCCCGUCGUUCGCGCGACACUCCUUCUCGUUCCCGAUCACGGCGGUGCCGCAGGAGCUCGCCGCCGCGUCGUGCAAGGUGACGCCGCUGCCGCUGGCGAUGCCGCACCGCGCCGCGGCUUCGAAAGGCGGCGAGGAGAAGAAGGCGCCGCCGCCGCCGCCGCGCAAGGCCGUGCUCUACUUCACGUCGCUGCGCGGCGUGCGCGCGACGCACGAGGACUGCUGCCUCGCGCGCGCCAUCCUCAGGGGCUACGGCGUGCGCGUCGACGAGCGCGACGUGUCCAUGCACCGCGGCUUCCGCGACGAGCUCCACGGCCUGCUCGACCUCGGCCGGGGCGCCCUCGCCAAGUGCUGGGCGCCGGCGGCCCCCAUCCUGCCGAGCCUGUUCGUGGACGGCCAGCUCGUGGGCAACGCCGACGAGCUGAAGCGGCUGCACGAGGCCGGGGAGCUCGCCGCGAGGCUCUCCGGGUGCGAGAGCGCGGCGCCCGGCGAGGCCGGCGCGUGCGAGGCAUGCGCCGACGUGCGGUUCGUGCUCUGCGAGGUGUGCUCCGGCAGCUGCAAGGUGUACGUAGACGACGACGUCGACGAGGAUGAUCGGCAGGAGGACGAAGAGAGCCCAUUGGACGGCGGCGGCGGGUUCCGGCGAUGCACGGAGUGCAACGAGAACGGCAUCGUGAGGUGUCCCGUCUGCUGCUGCUGCUGCUGAGACGUGCACGCUCUCUCAGAUUUGGAGACGUGACAGUACGUGCAUGAUUUUUUUUUUGUGCGUGCGCCACUUGGAUGUGGUGCACCGGUGCUCUUCUCCCACUUGUGAAUGGUGUGCCGUGUGUGUGAUCGAAAUUCUGUGUGUAAC